AUGGUAAAAACUGAAAAUCAUCAUCAUUGGACAAACAAUUUCAUCCUUAUCAACAUUAUUAGAUUAAACUAUUCAUCGCAUUAUUCUUCAAACCUACAAAAAAACGUUCAAGAAGUUCUCAAAGCUCCAGAAAGAAGUUCUUUUAUUGUAAAUAUAUUCUACUAA